AGACGGAGAGGCACUCUCACCGCACCAAACACGCACACACAGAGAGUCAGUCAGACCUGCUCUGUUUUCUAAAAGAUAUCCUAUACUUUUAGAUAUAGAGAGAGAGAGAACAAAACAGAGUACUCCUUCACUUCUUGAUUUCCUCGUCGCCUUGGUCUUUUGGUUUGCUUAUGCCUAUCUGCUCACUGCUAAAACGAAUAACGUGGUAAAAGGCACAGUGGGUAAGAAAGCUAGCAGAGAAUCUUGUGCAACGUAGAAAAUCUUUAAAAGUGCAAUCCGGCUUACGUUAGCCCCCCCCCUCCCACCCCUAACUCUGCCACAAGAUUUUUUUGUUCCCUCCUUCCCAGUCCACCGGCGCCUCCUUCUUCCCUCAGCCGGUGUGCGCACUUUCUUUAUCCUACGCCACUUUCAUUUCCUAUAUAUACAUCACUUUUGCUGGGGGGAGAAAGAAAAAAAAUAUACAGAUACGAAAAGAAAAAAGAAAAGCAAUAGUAGGAGGUUCUAAAGCGAUAUAGAAAUGGCUACUAAGCUACUUUUAACGUUCGCUAUAUAUCAGCUAAUUGUUACCGUAGGAUUGACCGUGGAGCCCACAGAGCUUCUCCGGCUCGGGGUCGACGGUCAGCUCAGCGUUGACCCAUCCGAUAUGGAGAAGGCGUCGCUUGACUUUGGCAUGAUGAGCAGAGUCGAGCCGCUGGCCGUUUUCCACCCGGCCUCAGCGGAGGACAUAUCGAAACUCGUCAAGGCGGCUUACGGGUCGGUUCGUGGGUUCACGGUCUCGGCGAGAGGGCACGGGCAUUCCAUAAACGGGCAGGCUCAGACGAGCAAAGGGGUGGUGGUUGAGAUGAGCGGCUCGAGGGGGAGGCGGCUCGGCUUCGGGAAGCCGGCUCUGCCUCGGGUCUUCGAGGAAGAACGGUAUGUGGACGUGUGGGGUGGGGAGCUGUGGAUAGAUGUGCUGAGGUCUACCCUGGAGCAUGGGCUUGCGCCAAAGUCAUGGACGGAUUACUUGUAUUUGUCAGUCGGUGGAACCCUCUCAAAUGCUGGAAUUAGUGGCCAAGCUUUCAAUCAUGGACCUCAGAUUAGCAAUGUCUAUGAGCUUGACGUUGUUACAGGCAAGGGUGAGCCAUUAACAUGUUCAGAAGAACAAAACACAGAGCUUUUCCAUGCCGUUCUUGGUGGCCUUGGGCAAUUUGGAAUCAUCACUAGGGCUAGAAUUCCUCUUGAACCUGCUCCCCAAAGAGUGAGGUGGAUCAGAGCACUCUACUCCAACUUUUCCGCCUUCACCAAGGACCAAGAACUCCUCAUCUCUCUGCAUGGACGCCCGGCAAGCCAGAAAUUUGACUAUGUUGAGGGUUUUGUUAUUGUGGAUGACGGGCUUAUUAACAACUGGAGAUCCUCCUUCUUCUCCCCACGUAACCCUGUUAAAAUCACCUCUUUUAAUGCUAAUGGUACAGGUGUUUUAUAUUGCCUGGAGGUCACCAAAAAUUAUGAUGAAUCAACCGCCAAUACCAUCGAUCAGGAAAUAGAGGCUCUGUUGGAAAAAUUAGACUUCAUACCCACAUCAGUCUUCACAACUGAUCUCCCUUACGUGGAUUUCUUGGACCGGGUCCACAAGAACGAGGUGAAGCUCCGGUCCAAGGGUUUGUGGGACGUGCCGCACCCGUGGCUCAACCUUUUCGUGCCCGGGUCAAGGAUUGCUGACUUCGAUAAGGGCGUGUUUAAGGGCAUUUUGGGAAAGAAGACAAGCGGGCCCAUUCUCAUCUACCCUAUGAACAAAGACAAGUGGGACCAUAGGACCUCGGUGGUGACGCCAGAUGAGGACGUGUUUUACCUUGUGGCGUUUCUUAGGUCGGCCUUGGAUACUUCCGAUGAGACCCAGACGUUGGAUUACCUGACGCACCAGAACCGCCAGAUCCUGCGCUUCUGUGAUGAUGCAGGGAUCCGGCUUAAACAGUACCUGCCCCACCACACUACACAAGCUGAGUGGGCGGACCACUUUGGAGAUAAGUGGGCCCCGUUUCUUCAGAGGAAGAUGGAGUUUGAUCCCCGGAGCAUUUUAGCUACCGGCCAGCUUAUAUUUAAGCCCUCCUUCACUACUUCAGUGGCUUCCUGGUGAUGGUGAUUCUUCAACUACUACACACUAAUUAAAUAGUAGCAAUUUAUUCACUUAGGAAUAUUUUUGUACAUAUUUUUUUUAUAAUGGCCAAAAGUGCCUAAAAUGUAAAAGCAAGAAAUUUUGUUAAAUUAUGGAAUUUCAUAUGGACCAA